GGUUUCUCUCCUCUCAUUCAGCCCCGCGCCCUAUUUCCGGCGCAGCCGGGUCUGGGUUCCGGCUUGGUUUCCCUGGUUUCCGGCCCCGGCUAGAGUCUCCGCGGCCAGGCAGCGCAGCACAACCUCGGGUGUCGGGACUCGCCGGCCGAGCUCCCGCAGGUUGGGCUGCUCGGGUCGGGUCUCCUCGGGGCCGCACCGCGCCCCGCCCAUGGAGUCCCAAUGCGACUAUUCGAUGUACUUCCCGGCGGUACCGCUGCCGCCGCGCGCGGAGCUGGCGGGGGACCCGGGCCGGUACCGGGCGCUGCCCCGGCGGAACCAUCUGUACCUGGGGGAGACGGUCCGCUUCCUGCUGGUGCUGCGCUGCCGGGGCGGCGCGGGGUCCGGCGUCGGGGGCGGCGCGGCCUUGGCUUCCCGGGGGGCCUGGACGGAGCUGGCAACCGCCCUUGCCGCCCUGGCCUCGGUCAGCGCGGGAGGAGGGCUGCCAGGGGGCGGUGGCUCGGGCGACCCGGACGCCGAGCCCCCUGGGGGAGGGGACCCUGGGGGCGGGGGCUUGUUCCGAGGCUGCAGCCCCCUUCUCACCCACGGCCCGGGCCCUGCUACCUCAGGGGGAGCGACCACGCUGCCUGUGGAGGAACCGAUUGUGUCCACAGAUGAGGUCAUCUUCCCACUCACUGUUUCACUGGAUAGACUGCCCCCAGGGACACCCAAGGCCAAGAUUGUAGUGACGGUGUGGAAGCGGGAGGUUGAGGCACCAGAAGUUAGAGAUCAAGGCUACCUGCGCUUGCUUCAGACCCGAUCUCCUGGGGAGACCUUCAGGGGAGAGCAGAGUGCCUUCAAGGCUCAAGUGAGCACCCUGCUGACACUGCUGCCCCCUCCGGUUCUGAAAUGCCGGCAGUUCACUGUGGCUGGAAAACACUUGACUGUGCUCAAGGUGCUGAACAGUUCUUCCCAGGAGGAGAUCUCCAUCUGGGAUAUCCGAAUCCUCCCCAACUUCAAUGCCAGUUACCUACCUGUCAUGCCUGAUGGCUCUGUGCUGCUGGUGGACAAUGUCUGUCACCAAUCUGGGGAAGUCUCCAUGGGCUCCUUCUGUCGGCUUCCUGGGACCUCUGGCUACUUCCCCUGUCCACUUAGUGCCCUGGAGGAACACAACUUCCUGUUUCAACUGAGAGGGGGUGAGCAGCCCCCUCCAGGGGCCAAGGAGGGCCUUGAAGUCCCCCUGAUUGCUGUGGUUCAAUGGUCCACCCCAAAGCUGCCCUUCACCCAGAGCAUCUAUACCCACUACCGCCUGCCCAGUGUCCGCCUAGACCGCCCCUGCUUUGUGAUGACCGCUUCUUGUGAGUCCCCUGUUCGGACCUACGAGCGUUUCACUGUCACCUACACGUUGCUCAACAAUCUCCAAGACUUCCUUGCAGUGAGGCUUGUGUGGACCCCGGAACAUGCACAGGCUGGAAAGCAGCUGUGUGAGGAGGAGCGCCGGGCCAUGCAAGCAGCCCUAGACUCCAUCGUCUGCCACACGCCUCUCAACAGCCUCGGCUUCUCCCGGAAGGGCAGCGCACUUACCUUCAGUGUGGCCUUCCAGGCCCUGAGGACGGGGCUCUUUGAGCUGAGCCAGCACAUGAAACUGAAGCUCCAGUUUACUGCCAGUGUGUCCCACCCUCCGCCUGAGGCCCGGCCCCUGUCCCGCAAAAGCAGCCCCAGCAGCCCUGCUGUCCGGGACUUGGUGGAGAGGCACCAGGCCAGCCUGGGCCGCUCGCAGUCCUUCUCCCACCAACAGCCUUCCCGCAGCCACCUCAUGAGGUCAGGCAGCGUGAUGGAGCGCAGGGCCAUCACCCCCCCUGUGGCCUCCCCUGUCGGCCGUCCCCUCUACCUGCCCCCAGACAAGGCUGUGCUUUCUCUGGAUAAGAUUGCCAAGCGAGAGUGCAAAGUCCUGGUAGUGGAGCCCGUCAAGUAGCACCAAGCUGCUCAGCUUUCGUUCACUCCAGAAACCCAAAGCCCCAGGAGGGCUCCUUGGUCCCAGCCUGUGCCUCCCAUGCCUCUCACUGUGGGCAGAGGCCCGGUCAGGCUGCCUGUCUGUGUCUGCUGUGAGGGACGAGGGCAGAAGCUGUGAAAUGGGCUGUAUGGCUGCAGCUCAGCCAACAGUGUUUCCCAAGUUCUCAUGGGGGGGGGGGCUGGCCCCACCCCAGGCCAGGCAAGGGCUGCUUGCCCUCUGCCUUUCACCUUGUUCCUUGUUCUCAGUUUACAGAGUAUUUUCUCAUUCCCAUUAUGUUCUCUCUGCCUCUGAAAUUCCCUCCCACCCACCCGCAGGGCUGAGAUUAGAGGGUGGUGGUGGUAAAGGGACCCCGACAAUGACAAUGAUUCUCCUGUCUCAGGGGUUGGGGAUAUAGCUAGGUGGCCUCUUUCUGCCCCUCAUGUUUACGUUAGCAGCCUGAAGCACUUUAAGUUCUUUCUUUUUUCUUUAUUUCUUUUUGGUCUGUUCCUCUAACUUAUUCUCCAACCACAGCUUCCAACUGAAAUAAGACUAUUAAAUGCCUGUCAAGGAGGAAGAA